UUGGUUCCUACAUUUCAUUGUCACAGCUUUUAUUGUGGCCUUCGGAUUGCUCUACUUGUUGAAGGUCACGGCCUCCAAGUAUUUUGUUGUCGACGCCAAUUUCGACGAGUCCGAGUCUGUGUAUUCUUCUUCUACUACUACUACUUCUUCUUCUUCCUCUGCCGGUUAUACAUCUUCAUCCACGAUGCCAGGGUUUAUUGGGACCCACAGCGAUUCCUGCAUUGUAUGUGGGAAUUUAACCAAGAAGCAUUGUUCUGGUUGCAAAAUGGUCAAAUACUG